AUGUGUGAUGAGGGUCCCUUGGCUCCGCUCCGUGGAGAGGUCGGGCAGAAUCCGCCCAAAAAUCGUCAGGUGCUGUGUCUCCCCGACCCCUGGGCUGAGCGCUGGUCCUCGGUGCCCCCUGUGCCCUUGGAACGCGCACUGCGACGGCGCUGGGACGUGAAACGCCGCAGCUGGAGCUGUCAGGAAGUGCUGGUUCGCGUAGAGGCGGAACCUUUCGCCAAGGGGGCCAUGCGGAUCUGUCACAGGGCCUCCUUGCUGCGCCGGAACUGGGUUGCCAAACGCUACAGCAGCGAUCCUGACGUCUCUGCCCUGGAGAGUGAUGUGAUGAUGCAGAUGAUCGCCAAAAGCUAUGCGGAGAGGUUCAAUGCGUGUGCGCCACCCAAGAAGGUCGAUUUCAUCGAAGCCUCCAUCUUGCAACUGCCUGAGCGUGACGGAAACCUUCCCCGCGACUUUGCCGUGGAGGCCUACCUGGAUGGUAGCUUUACGAAGCACUCCUCCAACUCGGGCUUCGUGGCCGACGAUGUGGUGAGGAAUACGCCGCAUGCCUUCUCCCAUUUUACCUUUGAAGCUUCGGGAGCUGAGCAAAUUGUGGUGGACAUCCAAGGUGUGGAUGACUUGUACACAGACCCACAGAUCCACACAGCCUCCAGCGGCACCACGCGCUUCGGUCGGGGCAACAUGGGCCUCCGAGGCAUGGCGCUCUUCUUUGCCAGUCAUCGUUGCAACAGUCUCUGCCACCAGUUGGGUCUGACGCCGUUCGCUCAUUCGCCCAUGCCUGGUGAUGGCGCUGCAACCGAAUACAGGCAGCGCGAUGAAACAGCUAGCCCACGAGACGAUGGCGAGGAGUUAUUUCUCACUCCUGCUGCACAGUUGGUGCCUUCACGGCCCAGCAGUUCCAACAGUCAAGCCCAGAUGUAUUCAAAGGUCCACUUUGCCCUGGCCAUGCUGCAUGCCCGCCACGUGCAAGCCAACGCGGAGUUCAUCGGGCACAACGUCUUGACCUCCCCGGCGCAAGGUUUGUUUCACCUCCAAGUGUCAGCAGACUUGGGCAAUGUACAAGGAGCCUUGGCGUUGGCGUGCUUGCAUUUGAACCUGCGGCCGCGCAAAGGCGUCUUGCGAGCUCUCGGCAGCUCACUGCAGAGGCCUUUGAGCCUCGAUGAGGCCGCGGCUUUCCCGUAUAUCCUCCAGGCUGCCGAACAGGGCGUCUGUCGGGCCAUGUCCAGCGUCGCGUUCUGCUACCAACGUGGCAUGGGUUGUCGGGUCGACGCCACCAGCGCCGUACAUUGGUAUCGUCAGUGCUUAUCGGCACGCGCCGUGCGGAACGCGGAGGACGAGUUGUCCGAACGGGAAGAGGAGCGGGAAGCGGAGCGACUGCCAGGUGGCCUAUUGGCGGAGCACCAGAUCCUCUCCGGCCUGGCGGAACUCUAUGAGGCCGGCAGCGGCGAUGGCUCGCUGGCGCCCAACCCGCGCCUGGCGUGGCAGUUCCAGCUGUUGGCCAAGAGCAGCGCCAAGCGCGACGAGGAGAGCGAGGCCAGCGAAAUGGAGGCACCUUCAAUGGGAAUCGGUUAA